GCUAGUAGGAGGGCUUUAUGGACCAGAAAAACGACAAAGGUAGAAAAAUUAUUUUUCACUCCAGAAAUUAAUGAUCAUGAGCUCGUAUUUGAUGGACUCUAGCUACAUCGAUCCGAAAUUUCCUCCUUGCGAGGAAUAUUCACAAAAUAGCUACAUCCCAGAACACAGCCCUGAAUACUACAGCCGCACGAGAGACACCGGCUACCAGCAUCACCACCAGGAGUUGUAUCCUCCGCGAGUGACCUACCAGGAGCGCCCGUAUAACUGUGUAAGCAUCCCCGAGCCCGAGCCCCAGACCGGCCAUGGGCUCACACACUCGGGGAAUCUGCUUGCGGGGAAGGCACAUACAUCUCCAUGUGAACCCUUGCCACUGUUACCCACAUCCCCUACCACCCCACCGAUUGCGCCGCCUGCCUGCAUCCAAGCCGCCCCGGAGCAACCCACCAGCUCUGCCUUGGCUAAGCAGCCUGUAGUGUACCCAUGGAUGAAGAAAAUCCACGUCAGUAUCGCGAAUCCCAAUUACAAUGGAGCAGACGCAAAGCGGUCCAGGACUGCUUACACUCGCCAGCAGGUCUUAGAAUUGGAGAAGGAAUUCCACUAUAACCGCUACCUAACUCGGCGAAGACGCAUCGAGAUCGCUCACACCCUGGUUCUCUCCGAGCGCCAGAUCAAAAUUUGGUUUCAGAACCGAAGAAUGAAGUGGAAAAAAGACCAUAGGCUACCCAACACGAAAGUGAGAUCUUCCUCCUCAUCCAACACUAGCGCGACCUCCGGGUCCAACACAGCGUCCACAACAGCCAGCACUCUCCCGCGUGCUGUGGGCUCCGACACCGUGCCAGCUUCCCAGGAACUCUCUCGAGUGUCCGUAGUCGGACGAGACCAGGAUAUUACAAGGUUAUAGACACAAAAUAGUAUCUGACAAAG